AUGUUCGGCAUGAAUUACACUGAUCCUCCUGAUCCGGCUAACAAAAAAUUGUACGAAGAUGAAUUGGAAGCUGAUGUUGGAGCUAGACGAAGAGGAAGAAGAGCGGUACACAAGGAAUUUUCACCAUACUCUGUGAUUAAACCUUUACGAUUGAAAGACAAAAUGGAAGCUAAUGCUAAUCGGUUACGGGAAGAAAAGAAAUAUUUGAAUUCGAAAUCAAUUGCUGAUGAAUUUAUCAAAUCGGAAUUGGAUGCAUUGGAUAAGGUGAUUGCUGAUGAGAAAAAAGUGGAAGAAGAAAACGGAUUUGUGUUGCUUCAAGUCACUUCAGAUAUGAUUAAGGGAUUCAAUUCUUCUAAGAAUUCGGGGGUUGGGUUGUCUUCUUCGUCUCCUGUUACUCAAACGAACACUGGAACCGUAAUUGGAACAAAUAGUGACAAGGGUAUUUUGGAUAUGAAAGACUCAAUGAAUGAGAAUGGGAAUUUGGAAAUUGAUUAUGGUAAUAAUAUGAAGAAGGAACAGGGAGCUAAUUUCUUGAACAUGGAUUUUUCGAAACCUGUUAUAUCCCCUGCAGCUAAGUUGGUUAGUGAUUACAAAAAAAAAUCUUAUCCUCGUAUGGUUGAAUCAACAAAUACUGUGGUGGAUCUUAAUAUCAAAGUAAUUCCAAAAGUUGAUGGGAAGCCUAAUGGGAAAGUUGAGUUGCCUUAUGCAGAUUUAAUGUUGGGUGGUGCCCCUUAUCAUGCAACUUUGUAUGGGUUUUUUGUGGGCAAAAAACUUGCGUUUCCAACUGUUAAUCACUUCUCUUUUAAGAUGUGGAAGAUUUUUGGGCUGAAGGAUAUAAUGGUAAAUGAUGAAGGAUUCUUUUUCUUUAAGUUUGAUUCAAAGGAAGGCAUGAUGAGUGUGCCGGAGGGAGGUCCAUGGCUGAUUAAUAAUGUACCUAUGUUCGUUCAAAGAUGGAGGCCUGGUCUUGUGCUGAGUAAACCGCAAAUGAAUUCUGUCCCUGUGUGGGUAAAAGUAUUUAAUGUUCAUUUGGAAUAUUGGAACAGCAAGGGAAUAACUUUGAUUGCUAAUGAAAUUGGGAAACCAAUUGCUAUGGAUAAAAUAACGCAGAAAAUGUGUAAUGAACAUUGGGGAAGGCCAGCUUUUAUGAGGUUUCUUGUGGAAAUAUCAGCAGAAUUUGAAUGGAUGAAGGAACUAAGUGUAGUCUCAAUUGACUUUGGGACAGGAGAAAAGUUGAAUCAAAAUGCAAGAUAG